AUGCCGUCAGGUACACGCUCGACACCGGAUGCAGCUGACGCACCCCGGCCCUUCUCAGGCCACACGGAGGAGAUCACCGCCAUCGAGUACUCUCCUGACGGUCGUCUCAUUGCAACCACAUCUAAGGAUGCCACUGUGCGUCUCUGGGACCCUCUUACAGGUCAGCAACUCCAGAAGAUCAACACGCCUCGUGGAGCCGAGUCACUUGCAUUUUCCCCCUCAGGUAGACAGCUUGUCACGGUCUGCGAAGACGCGACCGUCCUGAUCUGGAAGGUCAAAGAUGACGAGGACGGACCGGGGAUUUUGGAGAACACAAUGAUAAAGACAGCAUACAAAACCGACGACAUUUCAUAUCGCGUCUAUCGCGUCAGAUUCUCGAACAAUUGCAAGCACUUCGCCGUGAUGACAUCCUCGUUCAUUACCCUCCAAGACGCAGAAACAGGCCAGCUAAUAAUGGAUGUGGUCGAGAUGAGUCCACUCUCCGAGCUAGUGGGUCUGCUUGCAUUCGCUUCAGACGACCAAAGUGUUUUGUUCGCCUACCGCGAUCUUCCUCGUCCCACUACUGGCAAUGAUGUUACAAGCACUCCAGUAGUAUACUCCUUUGACUUGGCGACAAGGCAACAAGAACGUAUCCAUCUCUCAAACGACCUAUCUCACCGCCCCUGGCCUCAGGUUGGCUCCUACGAUGGUACUAUGAUCGCUGGAACUGCACCUCACGGAUCGCAGAUCUGGCAAGUUGAGAGCGGCGAUGUCUUGCACGGUCCGCUCAGGGGUCAUCUCUUAGACACACACAUUCUCUGCUUCUCGCGCGACGGCGAGUGGCUCAUUGAUGUCUCCGUGGCGAACCAUGUGUUCGUCUGGAACACCUCCACUGGAAACUUGAUCCUAGGUCCCUUGAGACAGCCGCCAAACUUGGGAUGCGAGAUUAUUCGUCGUAUUACUGCAGCCGCGUGUUCGCCACUGAAAGAUCGCAUAGCAUGCGCGGAUGACUCCGGAAAUAUUCAUGUAUGGGAUGUUGACGCCGAACAGGUUGUACUGUCCUCACUCCCAGACAGAAAAGGGGGCCCACCGCUAACCGCGGCAGGCCGCUUUGAGGUGGAUGGCGUAGAGUGGUUCCCCGACGGGCGCUAUUUCAUCAGUAGCAGCAUGAGCGACGACUACAUUCACACAUGGGACGCCGAGACAGGAAAGCAUGUCCGCGAGUACUUGCUCCCCGGCGGCUCAUGCACUGCUCUGUCCUCCGACGGCACGAUGCUGGCGGCUGGCUCUGCGUGCUACAUCGGAUCCAUUAGUUUCUUCGACACCAAGACGGGGAAUGAGCAUCCUUAUUCGCUCGAUGGUCCCGAUCGAGCAUGCCGCAAAAUGAAGUUCUCUCCCAAUGGCUCCACUGUCGCCAUGUUACUUGACAGCGCAUAUGAUAUGAACCUUUGUUUCGUUUUCAAUGUCCUUGGUGACCGCAGCACGACGUUCGUGCAGCACCCGUCCAUAGUCCUGGAUGUCGCAUUCUCGCCGGAUGGAGAACAAUUUGCGUACAUCACCACAGAUGACGGCAUCCUCGUCUGUAGCACCUCUUCACUAGACGUGAUCUCAAAGGUUUCCUCCAUGGCGUCCGACGGGUCUGACCCUACCCACUCUAUCUCAUUUUCCCCUGAUGGUCGACGCCUUCUUGUCUGCUCGAGGGGACUCCUGGUCCUGGACGUGCACACAUGCCAAACCAUCCUUCAUCUUUAUGCAGAUUACAAUGGCAUCCGGGCGGUAUUCUCGCCUGAUGGUCGGACCUUGCUAUACUCAGUCCAUGACUCCUCCAUUCAAAUGGUCGACGCAGCAACCGACGAUCCGGUAUGGCAGUCUAACGUUUCAAAUCUCACGUGCUUCGCUUUUUCACCCGGAGGAGAAAGGAUAGUUGUUGGGUCUAAGUACGGUGACUUCGAGGUCUAUGAAGCGGUGACGGGUCGUAUGCUCCUAUAUAAACAAGAUAGCACGUCUCCUGAAGGCAAACCUUCAACUGAUGAGCUCGAUAUCGCCGGGCAUGGCACUAGGCCGGGACCGUCGCGUCGCGGAAUUAACCUGGCCGACGUAGACGACGACUCAAUCAUGAACAUGCCUGCAGUUGCUAGGAGAUCUGCACCCAGAGACUAUCGAACGCGCCAAAAGGACCCAGUUGCUCAAAAGAAGGAUGGGUCGCAUGAAGAGCCGCGCCGCGGGUUUAUCGCUCGCCUCACAUCGCGUCGCAAGACCGAGUUGACCUCGGAUGAGCCUAGAGAUAGUCAUCGUCGCAUGGGACGUGUGCUCGAGCUCGUGAGUGCUGGACGGGCCAAUCUGCGCGUGAUGGCCGCCGGACCGAGUGGACAAGGUCAUCGCAGGGCUGGGCGUCGGGAGGAGGAAUCUGAUGAAAGCUCGAGUAGCCCAUCGCCUCCGGCAUCGACUCGGCAGCGCGUUGAAUCUCCAGGAGUAGGUCUUGAUGAGCAGAGGAGCGGGACACCGAGCAGCGAUGGGCUCAAGGAUAUCUUGUGUUUCUGCUUGUGUAUACCAAGCUGUCACAAAGACUAG